AGGUUAUGCAAUACAAUAGCAUAGUACGUAUUGCUUCAUGGAUAGUUGGGCAUUUCUUCUGAAAUGUUAUAACUUUUCACAAAGUAUCAUGGCCAUUCUGUAUUUGGCAAGAUCAUUUUAACGACACCAUUCUGUAAAAAUAUUGUCAAAUUGUGAUGCAGAUUUUUCAGGGAAAUUGGAUGUGAUGGUGAAGCAGUUUUAACAUAGAUACACAUAAGCAGUCAGGCAUAAACAAAACAGUGAGUCUGGAGUUUUGGCUAUGGAUUAACCUUUUUUGGCACCCUAAACAGUGAAAAUGAGUCCUCACGCCUGCGUGCCUGGACUUUAUCAGUGGGUGCAAUAUCAGAAGCCUAAACUAGACUUGACAGUAGCAGUGCAGCUUUCAGCUGGAUAAUAACCUAUCAGUGACCUGAUAAACGCAAUCGUAUAGUAGAAACACGUUUUUCUCUUUAUUUCAACAGAAGUCAUUUCUAAAUGUAUUUUAUUUAGUUUAUGUAACCAUAUCUGAUUAACAGCACAGUUUCGAUCGUAGUUAAAGGCUUGCUAUGAAACUAAAUAUGUAAAAAAUAAAGUAGGGCAGAAAAUGGGAAAACUGCCACGCACCACAUCUGAUUAGGAGUAACGGACGCCCUCAUGGCUGCCCUCCCUCACACCGAGGAGAGAGAACUCUGAAAUGUGGGUGAAGUCGUAUUUUUCCUCUUCUUGGACGGUGUAACUGGUUUCUGAGAGUAUAGAGCGAGUUUGGCGAGUGACCGUUGGCUUCAUUAAAGGAAACAUGGAGGACGGACGACGCCGAGGGGAGCUAAAACAGAAACAUUGACCGUUAGCACAAGCCUGGCGGCGUUUCUUGUAGGUUAUGGCGAAGCAGUACGAUGUGCUCUACAGACUUCUGCUCUUAGGAGACUCCGGAGUUGGGAAAACCUGCUUGUUGUGCAGGUUCACAGACAACGAAUUCCUCCCACAGCAUGUUUCGACCAUCGGAGUGGAUUUCAAAAUGAAAACACUGGAAAUAGAUGGGAUCAAAGUACGAAUACAGAUAUGGGACACAGCUGGGCAGGAGAGGUACCAGACUAUUACGAAGCAGUACUACAGACGAGCUCAGGGAAUCUUCCUAGUGUAUGACAUCACCAGCGCACUCUCUUUCCAGAACGUAGUGAAGUGGGCCAGUGACCUGGAGGAGUAUGCACCACAAACAGUGCAGAAGAUUCUCAUAGGGAACAAAAGUGAUGAGGAACACAGAAGACAGGUGGCCACAGAGCAGGGGAACAAGCUUGCCAAGUGUUAUGGAAUGGAUUUCUUGGAGACAAGUGCCCGUACCAAUUACAACAUCAAAGAGUCAUUCACUCGGUUGACUGAGCUGGUGCUGAAAGCCAACAGGAAAGAUCUUAAUACCGUGCUGCUGCCCAGUGAAGACGACCUCGCAGUUGUUGAAGCAGAAGAGGAGGAGGAUGAAUACGCUCCUUGCACGUGUUAGGGGAAGUGCUGAAGCGUGAUAUCGUUAUUCAACUUCUACAGAUGUCAUACCUGUUAAAAAGGCAAAUAAGGUGGUUAUGGUGACCAUUUGGACAUGUUCCUACUUUAAUUUAAUUACUGAUAUCAAGUGGUGUUACCCCUCACUCCUUGAAAUGUUUGUCUCAUGGCUCAAUCCCAGAUGCAAAGGGCAACAGUUAACAUUUGGAAAAUGCACUUCUGGUCAUCUCCAGUAGAGGGCAGUUCUCAGUGAAUCAUAUCUUGUUUCGCAGCUGCAAAUAAUUCCUUAGGCAAAAAGACAUAACAUCCCAUUGCUUUGGUCAAGUUUUGCUUAUUUCAGUUUGGCUGGAAUCAUAAUACAAAACAUGCAAAGGAUCUACAGGAGGGAUCUAAAAAAAAGUGCAAAAUAUGGGCUGAAUUUUUCACUGAAUUUUGUGAUGGAUCUCUGAAGUUGGAUGUCAUUGUAUUCUCAGGGUUUGAAACUGGUUUUGCCUUUGCGGAAAAAUUGAAUGAUGGUUUUGAAAACCAACACUACAGCGUUGCACAAAACAAGUUCUGCUCUUACGCUGUUGCAUACCAACACAGGCUACUGCAACUGUAGGCUACAUUUGCCAAUUCCAGACUGUUUAAUAUUUCUAUAGAGUUCUAUCUUUAAGAUAUAAACACCGUCAUUCAGAGCAGUUUGAUGUGAAAUGCAUUCUAGAGAACUGAGUCAGACUUGUUCACAAUGGAGGUGAUGGGAAUGUUGUCUGAGAAAUUGUUUUGCGGUAGUUUUCCUAUAACCUGUUAGCUCAAAAAUGAUCUCUUGUUUAAAUACAUUCGUAGGUGAGAGAGCAGGGUGCGAAGGCAAAUUAGACCAUAAAGCAGGGGUGUCCAAGCUUAAGGUUUUCACUCCAAACAAGCUGGAGCUCAUCUGAUUCUGCUUGUUUAAUCAGUUGGUCUUAGUUUUCAAACAUUUCGUCACACUGGCCUUUUACCGCUAUUUUACCAUCAUCAACAUUACAUUUAAGAAACUCAGGAGAUGCUGAUUGAACCUAUAAAACAAUGUUUCACACAGCAGGCACCAUUCAUAACAAUUUAUUGUGUAAUAACUUUCUGUGAGGGAGCUUUUAGUCAAAUGUAUGGCUCCUAUCACCACCACCCUGAAUAAUUCUGACUCUACAAUGAACUGUCAGACCUCACUAAUGACUUUUUUUUUUUUUUUUUUUACAUCUGAACACUUGAAUUAUGCUGUAAUCUUGAGGUGUAUGCAGUUCCCCUUUAACCACCAUGUUUGACAAGACCUGCUGGUUUAUGUGAGGUAUUUUGGUGAUGAGCUGUCAACUCUGUGCAGCAGUGUUAGUUAUUUUGACUCCUUAAAAAGCUCAUAUUUCAGAGGAUCCAUUAUAUUCAGGGGGAAAACUGUAUGUAUGCCAAACUAUCAGGUUUAGAACUUUUUUUUUUGAAUUACCAAUUACCUGUAAUGCUGUGCAUGUGAAAAGGCUUCAUACUAACCAUGAAACUGGAGAGGUGUGUUUUGACUUCAUUGUGGUAAACCCUCACCCCCUUACUUAAAUAUUUACAACUGCCCAAUUGGAGAGAUUGAUUUUUGACAUUUUCACUUUGCUGAGCUAAACUGAACUGAAUAGUCUAAAUGUACAACAGAGGACCAAGAAUUGGACUGAAGUUGAAGCUGUAGUCAAAAUAAUUUUGGAUUUUGAUUCAAUUAUAUAAAAAUCACAGAUGCAUACUUGUCAUUUUGAAUGUCUGAA